UGCAACAGGUUAUCCCGGAAUUUCCCCCUUUGCAUCGUUCGGGUGCAACCCACUCUUGCAUGAAUCAGCGACGGCCACUUAUCCCGCCCACAAGUGCAUGAUGAGCGGCUCAGAGACCGCCGAGGCCCAGGGAACUGCCAACAGGACCAGAUCCAGAUCGCACCAAGACGACACUCUGCUGAUUAGGCUUCUGCCAGUGGUUGCGCGUCAUCAGCUUUGCGUCCACCUGGACUCCUUGGAUGUGUGGCAGCAGUUGGCCACGGCUGUCAAGCUCUACCCGGAGCAGGUGGAGCAGAUAAGACACCAGAAAGACCGCGGCCGUUCCCCAGCAAACGAGUUCAUGAAUAUAUGGGGGGGCCAGUAUAAUCACACAGUCCAGAGCCUGUUUGCUCUGUUCAAAAAGCUGAAGCUGCACCACGCCAUGCGGAUGAUCAAGGACUACGUGAACGAGGACCUGCACAAGUACAUUCCCAGGAGCGUGCCCACCAUCAGCGACCUGCGUGCCCCGCCCGAUUCAAAUUCGAAAAUAGACAAUGGCCCGCCCUUUCCCUCCUCCUCGGGCGUCAGCAACUCGAACAACAACCGCACGACGACGACGAUGAGCGAGGAGAUUCCCAGUUUAGAAUCUCUGGGAAACAUCCACAUCAGCACCGUGCAGCGGGCGGCCGAGUCCCUGCUGAAGAUCGACUACUCGGAGCUAGAGCGGGCCACGGACAGCUGGUGUCCGGAGAACCGCCUCGGCCAGGGCGGAUUCGGAGAGGUCUACAAGGGCGAGUGGAAGCAGCUGGACGUGGCCAUCAAGGUGAUGAACUACCGAAGCCCCAACAUCGACAAAAACCAGGUGGAGCUGCAGCAGAGCUACAACGAGCUCAAGUACCUGAACACCAUUCGGCAUGACAACAUCCUGGCUCUCUACGGCUACAGCAUCAAUGGCGACAAGCCCUGCCUGGUCUAUCAGCUGAUGAAGGGCGGCUCGCUGGAGAACCGUCUGCGGGCGCACAAGUUGCAGCAACCGCUUCCGGCGCUGACGUGGAUGCAGCGUUUCAGCAUUUGCCAUGGCACGGCCAAAGGCAUUUACUUUCUUCAUACGGCCCGCAGCACUCCCCUCAUCCAUGGUGAUAUUAAGCCCGCAAACAUUCUGCUGGAUCAGUGCCUGCAGCCAAAGAUCGGGGACUUUGGGUUGGCACGCGAGGGACCCAAGUCGAUAAAUGCUGUGAUGCAGGUGAAGAAGGUGUUUGGCACCAGGAUCUACCUUCCGCCGGAGUUCCGCAAUUCCAAACAGCUUAGCACGGGCGUGGACGUGUAUAGUUUCGGGAUUGUGCUGCUGGAGGUGUUCACCGGGCGCCAGGUGACGGAUCGCCUGCCCAAAAACGACCAGCAUCAGGAUCUGCUGCACUAUGUCAAGCAGAAUUGGGCCCAGUCGCAGCAGAAUCGCCUGGAACUGCUCGACAAGCACAUACCCAAGGCGGUUGGCGAUGAGCUGGACAUGUGCCUGUGCGCCAUCGAGGCUGGCCUCCAAUGCACGGCCCUCGAGACGCAGGACAGGCCCUCAAUGAACGGCGUCCUCAAUAGAUUCAAGCCAUUCCGCAUUGACUUUUGACCAUUCAUACAUAUCGUAUAUUUACUCGAUCCAAGAUCUGAACUGUGCCUUAAAGCCUCUAUAUUGUUACCCGUAUAUUAUAAUAUAAUCGUUUUGUACGUUGA